AUGGAGCCUGCUAUCCCUGCUGCUGCUGCCGCUGCCGCCACUGCCCCUGGCUCGGCCCUGGCCCUUACCCUAAGCCCUGCCCUACCACAAGAAGCCUGUGACCUUUCACAUCCCUCGCCCCUUCUCCCUUCUGAACAAGAAGCACCUGGGAAUGAGAGAGGAACUUGUCUUUGGAGACCCUGGCUGUCUUCCACAAAUGACCUCUCCAGGCAGGUGAGCACACUGGUGGGCUGGGCUGCUCAUGGGACAACAGCUGAUGAGGCCACCAAGGCUAAUGCUGAGUUCCAUCACCCUGUCAGGCUCUUCUGGCCUAAAUCUCGCUCUUUCGAUUACCUGUACAGUGCUGGGGAGAUUUUACUACAUAACUUCCCUGCCCAGGCCACCAUCAACCUAUAUGAGGACUCUAACAGUGAAGAAGAGGAGGAAGAAGAUGAUGAGGAGGAAGAUGACGAGGAGGAGAGAGAGGAGGCCAAUGAAAAGAGGCGAGAAGGGUGUGUGAGAUUACUAGAGUCUACACCACACCAGGUCACAGCUCACCCACCUUCCCCUCCUCUGACUAGUCCAAACUGAAGCAGUCCCAGUCAGACUAGGGUUCAGUAUGCCUGACACACUACUAAGGGCACUGAUUAGCCAAGAGUCUCCAGGCACAGAUUUCUGGACUGGAAACUUUGUCCUCCAGUUACUCAGCUCACCUUGGCUUCCAUGAGUGGCCUGUGAGGCCUGGCCUUGGACAUCUCAUUGUCUGAGUUGCUUUGGUAUCUACACUGGGAGAGUCCUAGGAGAUCUAGGGGAAGGAAAAUCUGCUUUCUGACAAACACAGCAGGACCCUGUAGAGGGGGAGCCACUCACUCAUCAGGGCCCUUUGACCCCUCAGCCAUCUUAAGUGGCCAUACACUCCAUUCUCUCCAAGCCCAAUGACAGCUUCACAUCACGGACCCCAGCACCAGAUCGAAUCAAAGCUGGGGUACU